AUGACAUCCUAGGAGAGGCUCUGGGGUUUGAUGAGAACCAGCUAGCCAAACUGUUUCAAAACACCUUCAGGUCGGGGUAUUUGGAUAAUUACCAAAGAUCCCUGACUUGGUAGUGUUACAGAGAUGCGCUACCUGUCCACGAUAAAUUGUCCAGGCACGGAAUAUCAGUGCCACCGGAAUGUCCAAGGUGCAGGCAGGAUAGGGAGAGUGCCCUGCAUGCUCUUGUACAGUGCCCGCAGCUUUCGGGCUUGAUUAUUUACGUAGAACACGUGUUGUCGCACCUGGGAAGAAUACAGCUAUCAGCUGAGUCUGUGAUGAAGAUUGUACCGCCAAAUGGACUAUCAAAGGAAGCGAUAUUUUAUAAACAAAUCAUACUUCAAACCUGGCGGUCCAAUAUUUCUAAUGAUUGGUGGAGAAGGUACAGUUGAUCCAAUAUGGAUGUCCAAGGGAGAUUGGGUCGAAAAUGCCAGGAAGUACAAUGCUUUUUGUAUCCAAGUGGAACAUCGGUUCUAUGGGAAAAGUCAUCCGACUGAAGACAUGAGCACUGAAAACCUUAAAUAUUUAAGCAGUAUGCAAGCACUUGCUGAUUUGGCAUAUUUCCGACAGAACAUUUCUGCUCAAUUUGGUUUUACAAAGAAUAAAUGGAUAUCUUUUGGUGGUUCCUAUCCCGGUGCCUUGUCAGCUUGGUUCAGAUUAAAAUACCCACAGCUUGUUGAUGGUGCAGUUGCCAGCAGCGCUCCAGUUAAUGCUGUGCUUAAUUUUGAAGAUUAUUUGCGAGUUGUUACUGAGUCUCUUGCGACAUUUGGUGGUCCUGAAUGUAACACAGCUAUUAGCCAAGCAACUGAAGCUAUUGAGCAAUUACUUAAAACUCCAGCAGGAAGAGAUCUGUUGAAGACAAAUUUCAACCUUUGCCAAGAAAUUGAUAUCACUAAUACACUGGAUAUUUCAAAUCUUUUCUCUUCAUUAUCUGGAAAUUUUGAAGGUGUUGUGCAGUACAAUAGAGAUAAUCGGAAAUUUGAGAGUGCCAAAGGAACAAAUAUAACAAUUACUACCCUCUGCAAUAUUAUGACAAAUAAGAACUAUGGGCCUCCUAUUGAUAGAUAUGCAAGAGUUAACCAGUUAAUGCUUAAAACACAAGAAGAAGAGUGCCUUGAUUUCAGUUAUAAAGAAAUGAUUAAAGAUCUGAGAGAGACCUCAUGGAAUUCAAGUGCUGCUGAAGGAGGCCGGCAGUGGAUUUAUCAAACCUGUACUGAAUUUGGAUAUUUUCAAACGUCAGAUUUUCCUAAACAACCAUUUGGUCAUCAUUACCCUCUAAGUAUUUCAGGUCAGAUAUGUAUAGAUUUAUUUGGUAAGAAAUUUAACCUCAACUUUACCAGUGCAGGCAUUCAGUGGACCAAUGCAAACUAUGGUGCUUUACAUCUAAGUGGUUCUCGCAUUAUUCUACCCAAUGGUUCUAUAGAUCCUUGGCAUGCUCUAGGAGUUCUUAGUGAUAUAUCUAAAGAUGUUAUAGCAGUCUAUAUAAAUGGUACAGCUCAUUGUGCUAAUAUGUAUCCUGCUGCUGCAUCUGACCCACAGGCAUUGGUACAGGCUCGUCAGAAGAUCUCCGAGUUUGUUGGAAAGUGGUGUUGUGAAUAAGUAGGCAUGUCUUAAAAAGAUUUUAGGCAUUUUAUAUGUUGAGAUAAAAAAUAUAUGACUUGUAAAAACUUAAAAUCUGUUUAGUAGAAUCUCUUAAAGUGGAAAUUUACUAGAAUUAAAGAAAAAAGAUUAUUUUUUUUUACUUUCGAUCAAUUCUUUUAGAAAUCACAUGAAUUCUCAGGCCAGUAUUUAAAUCCAGUUUUUAGCGUAUUAAACAGACGAAGGAUAAACUUAUCUUUAAAAUAAGUUCAGAACACAAUAUUCACAUGAUGCUGAUUUCCCUAAUAUUUAAUUUGUGACAAAAUAAUUUAACCCUUUAGCAUUCAGAUUACUCUGUCAAAUAUAAUGCUUAUUUAUUCACAUUGUUUUGAAUUAAUUAUGCAUUAUCUGUUUGCUUCAAGAUUUUGAUGAUGUGAUUGUUUAUUUUUAGAAUGACAUUAUAGGGUAAGUGUGAGAGGCUGGACCAGGCCAACAUGUACAUGAAACAGGUAGAAUAUUUAGGCCAGUUUAAAUGCUAAAGGGUUAAAGCUAAAAAAUAUUAACUUUUCUAAACUAAUUGUGUCAAUAUCAAGCCAUAAAUUAUCAUAUCCUUCAGAAAACUGAAAGAACCAAAUUUAGUUUAUAUUGUUAAAUUUUCACUUUAUAGUUUUCUUAUUAUUUGUAGUUUCUUUUCUUUCUUAUGAAAGAAUUGAUAUAUAGGAAGCUUUAGCUUUUUAAAUAUAUGAAUAUCUUUAGAUUUUAAAUUUUUCCUUAAUUAUAUGAUUAAUUAAUUACCAGUUUAGCUCCAUGUUUACAUUUUAAUAUAUACAAAUAAUUCUGAAUUGAGUAUCCUGCCAAGAUUGAUAAAACUGAGUUGCCAUAUUUUACUAGGAUGGAUUGAAUCAAGCACACAUUCCUUUUAAUGUUGUUUGGCCUUGUGAUUGGUUAAAAAAAUAUGAACAAAUAAUUAUUUGUAUUUAGGCAAAAAGAUCAAAACUAACAAACAGAUAUAAAUUAAAACAGCAUUUAAAAAAAAAUAAACAGAAAAGAUAUGUGGAAGUAACUUCAUCAAAAGAAAUAAUGGAAUUCAUUAUUAAAUAUAAUCAACAUACACAAGUUUACUUUAUAGAAAUACAAUAAAAGUUCAAAUAUACAAAAAUAUAUAUUUUUAGAAAAUUCAAUAUUUAAAAAAUUUCCAUGUCAAUUCAAACCCCACCCAACUGGAUUCUACUGUGAAUGUUUUUUCUAUAAUAAAAUAUAAGUUUUUUUUUUUAAAAAAAGGUUUCCCCAUCGGUUUAUACUGACAUUUCCCCACCCCCAACAUAAAAUUUGAAAUUAUAUUUUGAUAACAAAUUAAAUCAAAAGAAUUUAUUAUGUUUUUAUAGAUUUCCUCAAAACAUUAAAUUUCAUUUCUUUUGUGUUUACAGUUGUUGUAAAGCUUAAUGGAUGACAAUAUCAAUAUACAGUAGAACAAAAUGAAUUGCAGCAUUUAGUUAUGUGCAUUUAUGUUCUGAGUUUAAAUCCUACUGGGAUACUUUCCUUUGUAUAAUUAUAACAGGUGUUUACAAAUACAAUAAUGCCAAGAUUGAAAGAAAUAUUAUAAUAUAAAUAUUUAUGAUCACUUACAAAUAUAUUGAUAACUGUGAUAAACAAUUCAAAUGAAAUGCAUCAAAGAAGGCAAUAACACACUCAUAUAAAAGGAUUUUUCCAAUAAUCUUUUUUAUCAAACUAUGUGCAAUAUAUGGAUUUCUGUCAGUUUCCAAAAUUUCCAUGUUUAAUAGAAAUCUUAUGAGUUCAGUUAGGUAUAAUUUCUAGACCUCUAGGUUUUCUAACAUUUAUUUUGUCAUGUAAUUUUUUUCUUAUUUAUAUUUCAAAGCUUUUUUUUUUAAUAUCUGGAUGCACUUUUUACCAUUAAUUACUUAGCCUAAAAUAGGAGAUAUUGUUGUCAUUCUGGUAGAAUUAUGUACCUUGUUCAGAGCAAAAGAAAAUAGCUGUUUCAAGGUUUAAAUUUGCAAGCAUAAUCUACUACCCUUGUGUAAGUUUAUACAAUACCAAUGACAAUAUUCAUUCACAUUAUAUUAGCCUUGUCAAUCUUCUUUAGUUAUUACCCACUGAUUGCUUUUAAUCUAAAUGUUAAAGAAAUAUUUAUCGUUUAUGAAAUCUUUAUCUCUUGAUGUUACUAUAUGUCAUUUUUAUAAUUAGAUAUGACAUAAUAUGUCACAUCUGUUUGUAUAUUGUUAUUAUUGUCCUUUUAGUAUACAAAUAAACAAGUAAAUUGACAUAAUACAAUGUCUGCAAGUUGAUGAAUAGCACCUAUUAAUCCCCUCCAUUUUCUUAUUGCUAUAUAUAUAUAUAUAUAUGUGUAUGUAUAUAUAUAUGUGUGUGUGUGUAUAUAUGCAUAUAUAUGUGUGUGUAUAUAUGAAUAUGUGUGUGUGUAUAUAUAUGCAUAUAUAUGUGUGUAUAUGAAUGUGUGUGUGCAUAUAUAUAUAUAUAUAUAUAUAUAUAUAUAUAUAUAUAUAUAUGAGGAAUUGCAUAAGAUGUUAAUUUUAGAUUAUCUGAAAUACAUACUGCUAUUAAAGUUUUCAGAAAUAAAAACACAACAAAACUAAACAAGAGUACAAGCUUAAUUCAUUUUACAUUGUAAGGAAGAAAGAGAAAAGUUCAGUGUUUCAAAUAGUUGUCCUUCAUUGAGGAAAAGUAGAGAAGAAAAGAUGAGGUGUAGUAAAACUGCAUUAUUCUAAAGACCACAUGGUAUUGAAUGAAUGAUAUAGAGAAUUGGUAAAAUGAAAUGGUUUGUCAAGGAAAAUGAUGAGUGAUAAUAGAGGUGUGGGUAUGUUGUUGUUGGCACUCCGUCGCUUACGACGUCAAGGGUUCCAGUUGAUCCGAUCAACGGAACAGCCUGCUCGUGAAAUUAACGUGCAAGUGGCUGAGCACUCCACAGACACGUGUACCCUUAACGUAGUUCUCGGGGAUAUUCAGCGUGACACAGUGUGACAAGGCUGGCCCUUUGAAUUACAGGCACAACAGAAACAGGAAGGAAAGAGUGAGAGAAAGUUGUGGCGAAAGAGUACAGCAGGGUUCGCCACCAUCCCCUGCCAGAGCCUCGUGGAGCUUUAGGUGUUUUCACUCAAUAAACACUCACAACGCCUGGUCUGGGAAUCGAAACCGUGAUCCUAUGACCGCGAGGCCGCUGCCCUAACCACUGGGCCAUUGCGCCUCCACAUAGUGGGUAUACGUGGCUGUUAUUGAAGAAACAUAAUAGCAGGUGUUUGUGUGGUGCCUGUUGCUGUGUAGUUUCAGUGAUUGGCAACAUAGAGAUUUGUUAUUUAUUCAACACCAUCAAGACCUUGCAGUAACAGUUUUACUAUUUCUGCAGAACUUUUUCCUUCUUUCUUCUCUGUGUUUUCCUCAUUGAGGGACAAUUAAUUGAAAUAUUAUGCUUUCCUCUGUCUCUUCCUUACAGCAUAAGAUUAAUUAUGUUAUGCUUUUUUUUUAAAUUUCUGGUAGUGUAACAUUUAUUUUAUACCCACUGAUGCAAAUCCCAACUUGACACCAAAUUGAACUUAUUGUACUACCAUUAAUCUAUCAUGCAGCUAAAAUUCUAAAAGAAAGUGGUAAAUGAAAUUUAAUGAAUUAUUUCUUUAUACCAAUUUUAAAUUGAAUUCUUAAAUAAAAAAUUCUUUAAUUUUUCA